GCCCGAUCUCCUUUCUUCGGCAUUAAUUAUACAGAACAAAUUUCCUUGAUCUUGGGUGCGUGCUUUCUAACAUCGUGAGCUGUCGCAGGAGUUUGGCACGUAGGGUGCAGAAAGAGACCGCAUGGUGGAUGGAGAGAGUACUGAUUUGGAGUUAGAGAAAGUAUUUUCAAAUCAUCAUCAUCGUCAUCACUGUUGUUGUUUUCUGUCUGACUUUGGACAGAUCACAUCAUCCUUCUAGGAUUCAGUAGCUUCGCCUGUAAAACGAGGGCGUAGAACUAAGUGACUUAUAAAGUCCCUCUCCAUUCCUCGUGUACAGUUCCCUCUGUUAUCGAAAAUUCUUUCUCUCGGCUGGCAGAAGUGAGUACAGGGCGGACCAGUUUGCAAGCAAGGGUCAGGAGGCGGGGCUUGAGAAAGUCUUUAUAUUUAGAUUCCUGGCCUGGCGAGGAAUGGUCGCAGGGCCACCUAGCUUUUUGAGCGAACGCCUGCGCUGAGCCUCAGUGGUAAGGCAAGAGCCCCGAAAAGAGGAAGGUCGCUGUCCAGGAGAAGAGGGCUUCCUGCGGUUACCUUUUCUUGGGGAGUACAGCAGGGCGCAGCGAGCAUGAGCUGGGACCUCUUCUUGUCCCUGCUGCUGGCCUGUGUGCUCGUCUACCUAGGGGUGCAGUUGGUCCGUUUCGUGCGAGCCGACGGCGACCUGACUCUGCUGUGGGCAGAAUGGCAGGGACGCCGACCAGAAUGGGAGUUAUCUGAUAUGGUGGUUUGGGUGACAGGAGCCUCAAGUGGAAUUGGCGAGGAGCUUGUCUACCAGUUGUCUAAAUUGGGAACAUCCCUUGUGCUGUCAUCAAGAAAAGUAAAUGAACUAGAAAGGGUGAAAAAUAAAUGUCUUGAAAUUAGCAACUUGAAAGAAAAAGAUAUCCUUGUUUUACCCCUUGAUUUGACUGACAGAAGUUCUCAUGAAGCAGCAGCAAAAAGAGUCCUCCAAAAGUUCGGUCAAAUUGACAUUCUGGUAAACAAUGGUGGAAGGUCUCAACGUUCUUUGUUUGAGGAAACAAACCUGGAUGUUUAUAAAGAGAUAAUGGAAAUUAACUUUAUGGGCACUCUCUCCUUAACGAAAUGUGUUUUGCCUCACAUGAUUGAAAGGAAGCAAGGGAAAAUAGUUACGGUGUCCAGUUUAAUGGGCCUUGCAGCAGCCCCUCUUGGCUCAGGAUACGCCGCUAGCAAACAUGCACUUCACGGGUUUUUUAAUAGCCUCCGAGGUGAACUUGUAAUGUAUCCAGACAUAACAAUUAUGAACAUUUGUCCUGGACCUGUACAGUCAAACAUUGUGCAAAAUGCCUUUACUGAAGAAGUCUCAAAGAAACUAGAGAACCCAGGAAAUCAGCAGUAUAAGAUGGCAACCAGUCGUUGUGUUCGGUUGAUGCUGGUCUCCAUGGCCAAUGAUCUAAAAGAAGCUUGGAUUUCUGAACACCCAUAUUUGUUAUUUUGCUACAUCUGGCAGUAUGCCCCAACCUGGGCCUGCUGGCUAACAAACAAGCUGGGACGCAGAAGAAUCGAAAAUUUUAAGAAUGGACUGGAUGCUGAUUGCUCUUAUUUCACACCAUCGGAGAAAAAAUCAGACUGAAAGAAUACCAGUAUUUUUCUUCCCACUGUAAUUGAAGAGAUGGAAAAAAAUGAAAUGCUUUAAAUGCAGUUUAUAUUUCUAUAACUUGAUUCAUAAAACAAAUCAUAAAUACUUCAAUAAAGAUCUUAAACAUUA